UUCUUAUGCCUUAGCAUCAAACGUGCUAUACCAUUUUUAUCACAUUUCCGUAAAAGUACGAAUUUAAAAUAGCUGGCAACUUUAGACGAAUUGUAAAAUCAAAACACAAUUUAGAAGGCGUGAUUAAUAAUAUAUUUUGUAACAAAAAUUUCUGGUUAGAAAUGGCUGUAAAAUUUGACCAGCAGAAAACAAAACAUCAACUUUUUCAUUUAUCCAUUAGCUUGGGUACUGUGAUUGUCUGUAUGACUUAUAUGCAGUUUCAAGGUAAUUGGGCCACAGUGGGCAGCCUUUGGAGCUCGUUUAUAGUGCCUAUAGUGUUCAUUGGGGAAGUGUCGAAGGUACUACUUGCACGUUACUAUAGCCGAAAUGAUGAUAAUUCAAUUACACCAAAACAACGGCAAAAGCGUGCAUCCUACUUCACAGUGAAAGAAAUUUGCGGAGGACUGCUCUUGCAAUGUUUAUGUACAGUACUUUACGCCUUCAUUUGUAUUAUACUAGGGGCACCAGUAUUGCAGAACUAUGAGCAAACCUUUGUAUUGGCCAUUUUGCUUACUCUACAAACAGUGUCGCCUACUGUGUUCCUUCUGGGCGGCAGCGGAGCAAUGCAAGUAUGUUUCUGUGAAAAACCCGAUACAAUUACAAAGAGUGAAGAUAAUGCCCUUGGCUUAUUCAAAUAUAAUGCUGUUGGUGGUAUACUAGGAGCUUGGGCUGGCUCUGUUGUUGCCCCAUUAGAUUGGGAUCGCGAUUGGCAAACGUAUCCAAUACCAAAUGUAGUUGGUGCUCUAUUGGGUUGUGCUUUAGGCAAUAUAUACGUUUGCUCACGAAUAUUAUACGCCACUGCCAAGGUUUAUUUAAAUAGAAAGCGUAAUUAAAACGUAAAAAUUAAAAAAAAGAAAAAAUCUCCAAAUACCGUAAAAGCUGCCAUUACUAAAAAUAACAACAACGGCUUAAUGUAAACCACAAUUCUAGUCAAACAUGUUACAGCUCUCCGAAAAUUCAUAACCAAAUAAAAGCAUAAAAUUAUAUGAAUUUUAUUUCGGAAUAUUUUUAAAAUAAAUGUAAUUUUAACUUACCUAU